AUGAACGCCAAGACCGCCAUAGAUCGAAUUAUUGGCAAGGGGGGCCUGAAGCUGGGCAGCUCCAGAGCUGACGGUGGGCUCGAGAAGGGGAAGCGGGAGGGCGCUGCUCCGCGGAGGUCCAUGGAGGAGUUGGCCACGGGCAAAGGCAGAACGACGGAGCCGGAGAGGAGCGAGCUCCUGCAGAAAAUACUUUUGCUUGAGAAAGAAAAAGAAAAAUACAACCAUCUUCUUGGAGAGAAGGACAGAGAAAUUCAAAACCUGAAAGACAAGCUUAGGUCCAAAACCAAGACUAGUGAAGUGGCCUUCCUACAAAAUCAACUAGAGGAAAAAACAAAGGAAGCAGAAAGAAGAGAACAGUUACUUUGUUCUCUAUCAGAAGAAAUUAAUAGGUUAAAAUGUAAUUUAUCUACAGUCAUGGCAAAAUGCUCCGAUCUUGAGAAUGAAGCCAGUGGUACUUUUCAGGAAGCUGCCACAAACAGCACAGAAAUUGAAAGACAAUUGAAAGAUGCUCUUGAGAAAAAUCAGCAGUGGCUCCUGUAUGACCAGCAACGGGAAGCAUAUGUCAGGGGGCUGCUUGGAAGGAUCUUUGAACUUGAACAGAAGGCAGAAAUAGUUAGCCAGCAAGAAUCUAAAUCAAAUUCAGAAGGUCAUCCACAAGAGGAAAAGCAAGAAUGCUGUGACCAGCUGUUUCUGACUGCUAAGAGAGAUCCUGAGACUGAAAGACGCACCAUAACCCAGCUGAGAUCUGAGCUCAAUGAACUUAAAAAGACAUAUCAAGAAACACAAGGGGAAAUGAUGAGUUUAAAUGCCUUACUGCAGUCACAACGGCGUGCUGAAAUGAAGACUCAAGAAAAUGAAAAUACAAUGAAAGAGAAAGCACAAAGACUAGAACAGGAAAAUGAAACUAUCAAAGAACAGCUCAGGGAAGAAAAAGAAAAGUCUGAAGAUCUUUUAUGUCAGGUGCAGCUUCUUCGUCAAUCAUUGCUCAGACAGGAGGCAGAACACACCAGAAUAGCUUUGUUGGAACAACAGAUCCAGAUAUGUACCACAGACUUAGAGAACGGGAAGCUUGAUCGCCACAACCUGAAGCUUGAGUUAAACCAUGUUCUCAAGGAGCUGCGCAAGGCCAAGGAGAAAAUAACCCGUCUGGAACCCCUGAAACUCCGGGAAUCUGGACAUAUGGAAUCACAAGAAGACUUGCAAGCUGUAUUUGACAAGAAGCUGACCACAUAUGACAGAAGUCCUCCCCUGAAACAUUCCAGCUGCCUUGAUGAAAGUUUUCUCGAGUGUCCCAGAUGUAAAGUGCUAUAUCCAACAAGCCAGCAUAGAGAAUUACUAGCACACAUUGACUUCUGUACAGCUUGA